AAUUUUAAAAAAUUAAAAAAAAAUUAAAAUUUUCAAAAUUAAAAAUAUUAUUUUGAUCAUGUUAAUUGUUGAGGUCUAUUUUUGUGAUAAAAACUUAAAAGAGAGACUAUAUGAGAGAGUUGUCAUACUUUCAAAUCUAACUAACAACAGAAAGCGCUAAAAACGCCGUCGUAUUAAACCUCCGUUAAAUAUAUCUUCCUUCUCCGGUUCACAUUCUCCUCCUCCACCGUCGUCGCACUUAUCGCCAUGAUCGUCAAUUCCUCCAUCUUCCUCCUCUUCCUCUCCCUCUUCAUCUCCUCAGCUACCGCCAACACACAAAUCUCCAUUUCUCCCAAAACUCUAAACCGAUCGGGAGAUUCCGUCGUCAUAAAAUGGUCCGGCAUCGACACACCUUCCAAUCUCGACUGGCUAGGCAUCUACUCCCCUCCCAACUCCCCUCACAACCACUUCAUCGGCUACAAAUUCCUCAACGCCUCCUCCACGUGGCAAUCCGGCUCCGGCUCCAUCUCCCUCCCUCUCACCAACCUCCGAUCAAACUACACGUUCCGCAUCUUCCGAUGGACGCGAUCCGAGAUCGAUUCCAAACACCUCGACCACGAUCAGAAUCCGUUACCCGGAACCAAACACCUCCUCGCCGAAUCGGAUCAGGUCACGUUCGGAUCCGGUACGCCGGAGCAGAUCCAUUUAGCGUUCGAGGAUGGAGUUGAUAGGAUGAGAGUUAUGUUUGUGGCUGGGGACGGUGAAGAGAGGUUUGUGAGGUAUGGUGAAAGGAAGGAGAGGUUGGGAGACUCUGUGUUGGCGCGUGGGGUUAGGUAUGAGAGGGAGGAUAUGUGUGAUGCUCCGGCUAAUACUACACUCGGGUGGAGAGAUCCGGGUUGGGUUUUUGAUGCCGUUAUGGAGAAUUUGAAUGGUGGUGUUAGGUAUUACUAUCAGGUUGGGAGUGAUUCAAAGGGAUGGAGUGAGAUCCAUAGCUUUAUUGCUCGAGAUGUUUCCUCAGAAGAAACCAUAGCUUUCAUGUUUGGAGAUAUGGGUUGCGCUACACCUUACACGACCUUUAUCCGCACGCAGGACGAGAGUAUCACCACAGUGAAGUGGAUCCUACGUGACAUUGAGGCUCUCGGUGACAAACCAGCUCUUGUUUCACACAUUGGAGAUAUAAGCUACGCUCGUGGCUACUCGUGGGUGUGGGAUGAGUUCUUUUCUCAGAUUGAACCUAUCGCCUCGAGAGUCCCUUACCAUGUUUGCAUUGGUAACCAUGAAUAUGAUUUCCCUACUCAGCCUUGGAAGCCUGAUUGGGCAGCUUGGACUUAUGGUAACGAUGGUGGUGGUGAGUGUGGUGUGCCGUAUAGUAUGAGGUUUAACAUGCCUGGAAACUCAUCAGAGCCCACGGGGAUGAAAGCUCCUCCUACGAGGAAUCUGUAUUACUCUUAUGAUGUGGGAUCGGUUCAUUUUGUGUACAUCUCCACAGAGACGAAUUUUCUUACAGGAGGGAGACAAUACGAGUUCAUAAAGCGAGAUUUAGAGUCUGUGAACAGGGAGGAGACACCGUUUGUUGUUGUGCAAGGACACAGGCCAAUGUACACGACGAGCAACGAGGUUAGAGAUGCUAUGAUUAGACAGAAAAUGGUUGAGAAUUUAGAACCGUUGUUUGUGGAGAACAACGUGACGCUUGCUCUGUGGGGACAUGUUCAUAGAUACGAAAGGUUUUGUCCGAUAAGAAACAAUACUUGUGGGAAACAGUGGCGAGGAAGCCCGGUUCAUCUUGUGAUUGGUAUGGCUGGUCAAGAUUGGCAACCGAUUUGGCAGCCGAGACCGAACCAUCCUGGUCUUCCUAUAUUCCCUCAGCCUGAACAGUCAAUGUACCGUACGGGUGAGUUUGGGUACACUCGUCUUGUUGCAAACAAAGAGAAGCUCACAGUUUCAUUUGUUGGUAAUCACGAUGGGGAAGUUCACGAUACGGUUGAGAUGUUAGCUUCUGGGGAAGUGAUCAGUGGAAGCAAAGACGAUACUGUUAAAACCGUUCCUGCAUCUGCAACACUUGUGGGAAAACCUGAAUCUAAUGUCUCAUGGUAUGUCAAAGGAGCAGGCCUGAUGGUUCUGGGUGUGCUUUUAGGAUUCAUUAUCGGGUUCUUUACUCAGGGAAAGAAAGUAUCUUCAUCUGAUAACCGUUGGAUCCCAGUCAAGAACGAGGAGACUUAAUACUGAAGAACUGAAUCUACUUAGAGGCAACAAUAUUUGUAUAGCAUCCUUUGCCACGGUAAGAACACAAGUUUUUGUACACUAUGGUAAUAUUGAUUCUAGUGAGUUUGAAGAGUUUGUCUGGAAACCACUCUACGAUGUCACAGUCUGAAUGGCUUUUUGGUGUAGUAAAUACAUUACUAUACGAGCAUAUAAGUACGUAUUUUGGUUAAAUUUUCUCUGUUUUUCUUUGGUAUUUUGAGAAGAAACUGAAUCAAGAAGAAAAAUAUCAACUGUACAGAGAAGAUACGUACAGUAGUUUGUUUUUGGUAAAGGUAGUUUUAUCUGGAAAGCAAGUGACGUGCUCGUUGAUUAGCGCCUUGAACACGAGAGUGAAGCUCAUCAAUAUCGUCGUCGAGGUGAUCAAGAGCAUUGUUUUGCCUGCACUAACAAUAAUACUAAUAAGUAUUCUACUGUAUAAAAAUGUAUGAGAAAGUAAGUAUGUUGUAUGUGUGUUUAUCUGACUUGUCAAGCUCGGAUCCCAUCUCAACGGCCAUGCCCUUAAGAACACCCACAAUGUCACUUAAAUCUGAUAGUCC